AUGUUUAUGCAGGAGAUUUGGUUGCAAGACUUAGGCUGGGAUGACAAGCUUCCCACGCCCAUGAGUCUGAGAUGGCAGUCGUUUCUCAAAGAAUAUUCCGACCUCAACAAGAUCCGCGUUCCAAGGUGGGUUGGGUACCAGCCAGAGGUCAUCGUAGAGCAUCACGGCUUCUGUGACGCGUCGCAGAAAGCCUAUGGAGCUGCUAUCUACGUCCGCGUCGAGAUGGGUCACCAGAUCUUGACUCGUCUGCUGACAGCCAAGACACGAGUGGCUCCGGUGAAAACCGUGUCCCUCCCCCGGCUAGAGCUCUGUGGAGCGGUGCUUUUAACCGAAAUGGUGACAGCAAUCCUUCCGCAUUUGCCUACCGCCAGUUCCGAUCUCCGCUGCUGGACAGAUUCCACGAUCGUCCUAGCCUGGUUACGUAAGCCUGCUUGCAACUGGACUACGUUUGUGGCCAACAGAGUUGCCAAGAUCACUCAGGCAACACCAGUCGACUGUUGGGCACAUGUUCCCUCCGAACAAAACUCCGCCGAUUUAGCCAGUCGAGGCGUACCCCUGAUCGACCUAGCGGAUAGCAAACUUUGGUGGCAAGGACCAGAGUGGCUGCAGGGCCCUCGUGAGCUAUGGCCUGCCCAAAAUGCCAUCGAUCCGACCGAAUUAGAACAGCGUGCAGUCAAGGUGCAUUUCAGCAAGACCCCGUCCGAAGAAUAUCUUGAGCGUUUCUCCAAACUGGACAAAGCUCUGCGGGUCUUAACGUACGUUCUGCGAUUCCUUAAACGCUGCCGCAAGAGCUCGAUCUCGCCCACUCCACGACCCACAAGUGAUGAAAUCCGGGAGGCAGAAAGAGUUUUAAUCUCCAUUGCGCAGCGCAGAGCAUAUGGCCAAGAGCAGAAGCAUCUGGCCGAGAAAAGGUCCCUUCCAGUGUCCAGUCCGAUUGCGAACUUGUUUCCGUUUAUCGACCAACACAGCCUCCUAAGAGCAUGUGGUCGCCUUACUGCUGCCAAAGGGUUGCAGUAUGACGAACGCCAUCCAAUAAUACUUCCCUAUGGCUGCAGACUGUCUCGCCUUCUCAUCCAAUUUGCUCACCAGAUUACUCUUCAUGGCGGUAGUCAAUUAAUUGUACGCCUUAUCCGAUCGAAGUAUUGGAUUCCUAAAAUCAAGAAUCUGGUGAAGGCUAUGGUGAAUCCGUGUAAAAUUUGCACGAUUUACAAGAAGCGACUUCAAACCCAGCUGAUGGGCGAUUUUCCGACAGACAGUGUUUCCUUCUCGAGGGCUUUCACGUACACGGGGGCUAUCCAUUUGGAACCCACUUCCGAUCUGACAACCGAGAAGUUCCUAGCGGCCUUUGCUCGUUUCGUAGCGAGGCGCGGUUGUCCUCAGCGGGUCCAUUCGGAUAAUGGCAAGACCUUUGUGGGGGCAGCAACUCUGCUUUCUCGAGACUUCCUCCAAGCCGUCAAGGAGUCUGUGACUGAUGCAUACAGCCAUCAGGGGCUCGUAUGGCGAUUUAUUCCACUAGGGGCUCCACAUAUGGGGGGUCUAUGGGAAGCGGGCGUCAAGAGUUUUAAGACUCUGUUUUACAAAGCUUCCGCGACCCGCAAGUACACUUUCGAGGAACUUGCGACGCUCCUCGCAAAGAUUGAGGCUUGCCUCAACUCAAGACCCCUCUCCCCGAUGUCCGAAGAUCCCUCAGACUUGCUGGCCCUCACACAGGGCCAUUUUCUUGUUGGAGGACCGUUGCUCUCCACGGCGGAGCCCGAGGGCGAAGCCAAAUCGAUACUCAAUCGAUGGCAACAUUUAAAGGCCCAACAUCAGCAGUUUAGUGUUCGGUGGAAAGAGGAGUAUCUAAAGGAACUCCACAAACGCUACAAAUGGCAAUAUCCGACCCGAAACCUCCAAAUCGGCGACAUGGUAGUCGUCAAGGAGGACAAUCUUCCAUCCGACGAAUGGCGGCUCGGCAGAAUUAGUUCUGUCUUCCAAGGAGCCGAUGACCUUAUCCGAGUUGCGGAGAUCCGCACAGCUCGUGGGACUAUCAAGCGCCCAGUCCAUAAGGUCAUACUUCUCCCUGCGGAGGAUCAAGUAUCCUCCGUUCCCAGGGACUAG